UCCCAGCCGCCAGUACACUCUUCUCCCCGCCGCCGCCUCCCCUCCCCUCCCCUCCCUGUUCCCUCCCUCACCUCUCGUCCUCGAAGCAAGGGUUUCCCUGCCCCUGGCUGCCUCUCGUCCGUUCUCCUUCUCUACCGCCGCCACAACUCGCCCGCCGCCCCGGCCUCACCGCCGGCAACGUGACACGACAAGCCCGCCCCUUUAUUCUUGCAGCUAUACUCCGAUGGCCCUCGUGAAGUCCGACGCUGAGGAGGACUGGUCCGACUCUGACUUCGAUGAUGCCUCCGACUCCGAGGUCGCCGAAGCUCUGGACUGGCUCGACGCCGUGGAGGGCCCUGACGGCUCAGCUCGCCCCCACGUCGCCUUCUUCUCGGCCUCCGGAGGCGGGGCUGCGGCGCGGAGGCCUAACGCACACGGCGGCGUGCUGUCUCGCCCGCUCCAGCCGUUGUCUAACCGGACCCAGAAGCUGGCCUCGCACAUUAGUGCUACUCCCUUGGAGGAGUGGGAAGGUAGGAUGAACGUGGCGAUGUCAAAUUCCGUCACAACUGCAAUCAGGGAUAGCAUAAGGGACACAGCUAUUGGGAAAAUAAGGAACACUGAGAAGGCUGAUCGUGCUACAGUGGAACAGGCUAUUGACCCAAGAACACGCAUGGUUUUAUUCAAGAUGUUAAACCGUGGUGUCUUUAAUAACAUAAAUGGCUGCAUUUCUACAGGGAAAGAGGCAAAUGUCUAUCACGCAACAAAGACGGAUGGCCAGGAGCUUGCAAUUAAAGUCUACAAAACCUUUGUCCUUGUUUUUAAGGAUAGAGACCGAUAUGUCCAAGGAGAUUAUUGUUUUAGACAUGGUUACUGCAAGCAUAAUCCUCGGAAAAUGGUUAAGACCUGGGCUGAAAAGGAAAUGAGAAAUCUUCUACGAGUGAGGGCAGCUGGAAUCCGAUGCCCUGCACCAUUACUCCUAAGGCUUCAUGUACUGGUGAUGGAAUUCAUAGGGAAAGGAGGCUGGGCUGCUCCUCGUCUCAAGGACGCUGCUUUGUCAGAUGACAAGUUGCAUGAAAGUUACUUUGAGAUAAUUACAACAAUGCAGACUCUUUACCAAACGUGCAAACUGGUCCAUGGUGAUUUGAGUGAAUACAAUAUUCUAUAUUUUGAGGGUCACUUGUAUAUAAUUGAUGUUUCACAAUCCGUCGAUCUUGAUCACCCUUCAGCUUUGGACUUUCUCAAGGAAGAUUGCUUGCAUGUUUCUGACUUCUUUAAAAAACGAGGUGUUCCUGUCAUGAUAGUAACCGAUUUGUUUAAUUUUGUUAUUGAUCAAAGCAUUUCUGAUGAAGAUGUUGAUGAUUACCUGGAAAAGGCUCAGCAAAAGAUUUUGGAAAACGGUGGUGCGGUUCCAAAUGAUGAUGAAAUUACUCCAACAGUCAUGGUGCAGACGUUGGACUACGUGAAGCAGUGUGAGGCAGAUAUUGUCAACAUGACAAUAAUGCAACGUUCAUCCUCUGGCUAUGAGCCAACCGCAGAUAAGCUUUAUGACCAGCCAUUGUUAGGAUUUGUGCGGACUAAAAACACAAUCCCUGAAAAGGAGCAAGGACAACCGGCUGGAAACAACAUAGUUGAAGUUGAAGAAGACGAGAGCGAAUCUUGCUCGAGUUCUGAUGAAGAUGAUUCGUGGCACGAGGAUGAUCCUAAGAUCAUGAUAAUUGACUACAAAUUAACUUACCCAAGUGGUACUGCAACAUCUGUUCUUAUAAAUGGAUUCCACACAACUCAUGGAGAUGCAACGGCAAAGCAGCAAGUGAAUGGGUUCACAAAAUACUUUGCAAUCAGCUUCUUUUGGAGCUUCUUCCAGUGGUUUUACUCAGGUGGAGACAACUGUGGGUUUUCACAGUUUUCCACUUUUGGACUUAGAGCUUGGAAACAAACGUAACACAAGUCUUUUGGUUCAUUAGUGGUUUAAAUUAGUCUGUACUAUGUUAGAUGGUUCUAUGAAAUCGCUAUCCCUGUUAGGUCUUCAUUGCUUUUUAACCUUCCAUGUGACUGCCUUCAAAGGAGAUGCUGCCAUGGUCUCACUGCUGCAUGUUUUAUGACAUAUGUUUUUAUGAGUUAUUAUAUUACUUAACAUGGAGAAGAAAGCUAUUUUAACUACCUAUUCCAGUGCGUGCAUCUGUAAUCAUCUGUGACAUCUGCUUAUUUUUAGCGUAAUUAUGAUUGAUUUCCACGAGAAGUGCAAUCAUGAUGGAAUUAAAGUGCUUAUCUUUGAUAAUAUUUGCUAUAUUCUUUAUGUAUAAGUAUAACAUACUAUAGUAGUUAGUCUGUGGAAUUCGGAAAGAAAACACGAUUACUUGAAAUAUGUGUUAUAGAUUUGCUCCAUGGAGUAGAGGUUGCAGUCAGUAGUAACCGAGACAAAAAAAUCACCAAUGAGCUAGACCAGUGGGAAUAUGGGGAAGAUACUAUAUUCUGGUUUCUAUAUUUUCAUUCCAAAUGUUUUGAUUCAACAUAUGACAAUAUAUUUGAGAAUCUAAAUCUGUUGGCAACCAUUCCCUUGUGCAAAUUAUUGGGUUUGAUGGUAUGUCAAUUAUUCUGGAAUGCUUUAUAUUAGUAUUUGUGAAUUUC